AUGGAGAUUGCUGUAAGGAAUCGCCUGAGAAGGCAGAAUUUUGUAUUAGCGGACCAAGAAGAAAACAAAGAAAAUAGUUCUUUAAAUCGAGUUGACUUCUGUGAAGUAAGAGAGUUAGUACUAGACGGUACAAAAAUACGGGAACUGAGUAAGGACGACUCAGAGUUUUUGGGUAAAUUUACUGGUUUAAGAUAUCUAAGUUUAAACGCUACUGGUUUACAGAGUCUAUACAACUUCCCUAAAUUACCACAUUUAAGAGUUCUAGAAUUACAAGACAAUCAUCUAAAUCGUGGUUUUGAAGUAUUACAAUCACUACCUAAUCUUCGUGUACUUUUAAUCGGAGGUAAUAAAGUUGACAAUCUCAAUCAGAUAUCAGUAUUGAGAGAGCUACCAAGUCUUGAAGUACUUUCACUUGUUUUAAAUCCUAUAGCUGAGAAGAUAACAACCUUUUAUAGAACUUCUGUUUUUGAAUUACUACCUAAGUUAAAGAUUUUGGACGAAAUGGAUAAACAAGGUAGAGAAGUUGAAGAUCUUGGUUAUGAAGACGAAGAUGAAGUUGAAGUUUUAGAUGAUCAGGAGAAUGAAGAAGAUGAAGAUGAAGAAGAUGAAGAAGAUGAAGAAGAUGAAGAAGAUGAAGAAGAUGAAGAAGAUGAAGAAGUCGAGGCGGUUGACCUUAAAGAAUUUUAUGAGCAUCAGUUUUCUGAAGAUGAUGAUGAAGAUGAUGCUGGGGACUUUGAACCAGAUGAACUAGAAGAUGAAGCUGAACUGGACCAUGAAGAGGACAAUGAGGAUGAAGUGCAAACAGAGGAGGAAGAAGAGAAAGAUGAAAGCCAGCAUCGCACUAAGAAGCAAAGACUGUAG